CAGGUGUGGUGGUCUCCCUGAUGGUGACAGGUGUGGUGGUCUCCUCGAUGGUGACAGGUGUGGUGGUCUCCUGGAUGGUGACAGGUGUGGUGGUCUCCUGGAUGGUGACAGGUGUGGUGGUCUCCUGGAUGGUGACAGGUGUGGUGGUCUCCUGGAUGGUGACAGGUGUGGUGGUCUCCUGGAUGGUGACAGGUGUGGUGGUCUCCUGGAUGGUGACAGGUGUGGUGGUCUCCUCGAUGGUGACAGGUGUGGUGGUCUCCCUGAUGGUGACAGGUGUGGUGGUCUCCUGGAUGGUGACAGGUGUGGUGGUCUCCUCGAUGGUGACAGGUGUGGUGGUCUCCUCGAUGGUGACAGUUGUGGUGGUCUCCUCGAUGGUGACAGGUGUGGUGGUCUCCUGGAUGGUGACAGGUGUGGUGGUCUCCUGGAUGGUGACAGGUGUGGUGGUCUCCUGGAUGGUGACAGGUGUGGUGGUCUCCUCGAUGGUGACAGGUGUGGUGGUCUCCUGGAUGGUGACAGGUGUGGUGGUCUCCCGGAUGGUGACAGGUGUGGUGGUCUCCUGGAUGGUGACAGGUGUGGUGGUCUCCUGGAUGGUGACAGGUGUGGUGGUCUCCUGGAUGGUGACAGGUGUGGUGGUCUCCUGGAUGGUGACAGGUGUGGUGGUCUCCCUGAUGGUGACAGGUGUGGUGGUCUCCUGGAUGGUGACAGGUGUGGUGGUCUCCCUGAUGGUGACAGGUGUGGUGGUCUCCUGGAUGGUGACAGGUGUGGUGGUCUCCUGGAUGGUGACAGGUGUGGUGGUCUCCCUGAUGGUGACAGGUGUGGUGGUCUCCUGGAUGGUGACAGGUGUGGUGGUCUCCCUGAUGGUGACAGGUGUGGUGGUCUCCUGGAUGGUGACAGGUGUGGUGGUCUCCUGGAUGGUGACAGGUGUGGUGGUCUCCCUGAUGGUGACAGGUGUGGUGGUCUCCCGGAUGGUGACAGGUGUGGUGGUCUCCCUGAUGGUGACAGGUGUGGUGGUCUCCUGGAUGGUGACAGGUGUGGUGGUCUCCUGGAUGGUGACAGGUGUGGUGGUCUCCUCAAUGGUGACAGGUGUGGUGGUCUCCUCGAUGGUGACAGGUGUGGUGGUCUCCUGGAUGGUGACAGGUGUGGUGGUCUCCUGGAUGGUGACAGGUGUGGUGGUCUCCUGGAUGGUGACAGGUGUGGUGGUCUCCUGGAUGGUGACAGGUGUGGUGGUCUCCUGGAUGGUGACAGGUGUGGUGGUCUCCCUGAUGGUGACAGGUGUGGUGGUCUCCUGGAUGGUGACAGGUGUGGUGGUCUCCCUGAUGGUGACAGGUGUGGUGGUCUCCUGGAUGGUGACAGGUGUGGUGGUCUCCUGGAUGGUGACAGGUGUGGUGGUCUCCCUGAUGGUGACAGGUGUGGUGGUCUCCUGGAUGGUGACAGGUGUGGUGGUCUCCCUGAUGGUGACAGGUGUGGUGGUCUCCUGGAUGGUGACAGGUGUGGUGGUCUCCUGGAUGGUGACAGGUGUGGUGGUCUCCCUGAUGGUGACAGGUGUGGUGGUCUCCUGGAUGGCGACAGGUGUGGUGGUCUCCUGGAUGGUGACAGGUGUGGUGGUCUCCCUGAUGGUGACAGGUGUGGUGGUCUCCUGGAUGGUGACAGGUGUGGUGGUCUCCUGGAUGGUGACAGGUGUGCCCCGCUGUUGGCGGCAAUACUGCAUACCUGCAAUGGUUUCAUUGAUGAAUAUGUGCUGUCCAUACUUCUCAUGAAGAACAUCACCACUGUGUGUGUU